UUGUGCUUUUGAGAAGGAAAAUCGUUCCUUUUUUUUUCUUGAUUAACUAAUUUAUAUAACAUCGUUGCAUUCUUAAUUAUUUGUCUUCGAUCAUGUUGCUGUUGCGCUUGCCACGAGCCUGUUGGAGCCUGGAAUACGGACCGGCACGAUUGAUUUGCACCAGUAAAACCUUGUUGGUUCCAUCUAAUGAGGGGAACAAACCUCCAACUCCCAUGAUUGAUCUAGAAGAUAAGUCUCUCCCAAUCCCCAUUUACAAGGAAAAGAAAAACGAACCACUCCGGCUGCAGAAGUCGAGGUUGCUAUACCAAUCUCGCAAGCGGGGUAUGCUGGAAAAUGGACUACUGCUGAGUACUUUUGCGGCUAAAUACUUGGAAUCGUUGGAUGCGAAGCAAACAAAGCUGUACGAUCAGCUGAUUAAUAUGCCCACUAAUGAUUGGGACAUCUUCUACUGGGCCACCGGUGUGAAGCCGACUCCAGCCGAGUAUGAAACCGAAAUUAUGGCAAUGCUGAAGGAACACGUCAAGAAUGCCAAUCGGGAGAAGAGGCUUUGCCAGCCAGAUUUGUACUAAGGCUGCGUUAUUUGAUGGAGAAGGAGCAACAAUUUGAUCUAGCAUGGUGGCAUUUCGGAUGAAAUGUAAAAGUUAUUUAAUGAAUCGUAAAUUAAAAAUAUAAUAGAAAUGAAGGUACUUAA